CCCCCCCCGGACUGGACGCUCGCUGGCUGUGAAGAAGGCGUCUGGUGCUUGACGGCACAUCGUCAUUCCAGUCUCGUGAGACAGCUUACAGAGCAAGAAGAGGAAGAGAAGAGAAGAGAAGAGAACAAAAGAGGAGAGGAGAGGAGAGAGAACUCUUGACCGCGAUGCUCGUCUCUCUCGGCAAAGGGGCGGCGGCGCUCCUGUCCCUCGCGUCGUGGGCCGCCAUCCUCCAUGGCGGCGUCGUCGGCGUGGGCGCCAUCGAGCCGCCGCGACACCCUCACCAGCCGACGGGCAACGGCGAGCGGCUGCUCACGUACAACGAGACGGUGACGACGCGCAAGAUCCGCCCGUCGUCCAUCUCGGUGCGCUGGACGGCGACGGGCGACGACGGGCAGUACAUCACCACCAACGACAAGGGGGACCUGGUGCUCGACAACAUCGCCACCAACGCGUCGAGCGUCUUCGUGCCCGCCAGCAGCCUGCCCAACGGCACGCGCGAGUACUGGAUCCGGCACGACAGCCGCGCCCUGCUCGUCGCGGCCAACGCCACCAAGCAGUACCGCCACUCGUACUUUGCCGACUACUACAUCCUCGACGUCGCGUCCGGCAGCAAGACGCCGCUCGUCGAGGACCAGGCCGGCGACAUCCAGUACGCCGUGCAGGCGCCCAGGGGGAACGCCAUUGCGUUUGUGCGCGGCAACAACUUGUACCUGCGCGAUGGCGACGGCAAGGGCGGCGGCAAGGGCAACGUCACGCAGAUUACGAGCAACGGCGGCCCGGACAUGUUCAACGGCGUGCCCGACUGGGUGUACGAGGAGGAGAUCCUGGGCGACCGCUUCGCGCUGUGGUUCUCGCCCGACGCAAAGUACGUCGCGUACCUGAGCUUCAACGAGACGGGCGUGCAGACCUUUACCAUCCCGUACUACAUGGCGGGCAAGAAGGUCGCGCCGCCGUAUCCCAGGGAGCUCGAGCUGCGGUACCCCAAGGUCGGGUCCAAGAACCCGACGGUCGAGUUCAACGUGCUCGACGUCGAGGCCAAGAAGUCGAGGGCGGUCCCCAUCGACGCGUUCCCCAAGGACGAGGCCAUCGUCGGCGAGGUCGCGUGGGUCACCGAGGGGCAUUCGUCCGUCAUCUACCGCGCCUUCAACCGCGUCCAGGACCUGAGCAAGCACGUCGUCGUCGACCCCAAGACGGGCGCGUCCAAGGUCGUCCGCGAGCGCGACGGCACCGACGGGUGGCUGGAGAACACGCUGGCGAUGCAGUACGUCGGCAGGAUCAAGGGCGCCUGCAACCGGACCUACUACGUGGACCUGUCGGACGAGUCGGGCUGGCAGCACGUCUACCUGUACCCGACGGACAGCGGCGGCAGCAAUAGCAAGCCCAUCCAGCUCACGUCGGGGGACUGGGAGGUGCUGUCGAUCCUGCACGUGGACGCGAAGCGCAGCCUCGUCUACUACGUGGCGACGACGCGGCACAGCACCGAGCGGCACGUCUACAGCGUCUCGUGGGCGACCAAGAAGGUGACGCCGCUCGUCGACGACGGCGUCUCGGCGACGUGGACGGCGACCUUCUCGUCCCAGGGCGGCUACUACAUCCUGACGUACAGCGGCCCCGACGUGCCGUACCAGGAGCUGUACGCGUCGAACCGGACGGACAGGCCGCUGCGGACGCUCGUGGACAACAAGGGCGUGUACAAGGUGAUUGACGAGUACAGCCUGCCCAACAUCACGUACCUGGAGCUCCGGCACCCGGACGGCUUCUCGCUCAACGUGCGACAGACGCUGCCGCCCAACUUCGACCCGUCCAAGAAGUACCCGGUGCUGUUCAACCCGUACGGCGGGCCCAACUCGCAGCAGGUGAUCAAGGAGUUCCAGGCGUACGGGUGGAACGCGUACAUUGCGUCGGAGCCGGAGCUGCGCUUCAUCACCUACGUCGUCGACAACCGCGGCACGGGGUCCAAGGGCCGCAAGUUCCGCAGCGCCGUGACGGGCCACCUCGGCCGGCUGGAGCCGCAGGACCAGAUCUGGGCGGCGCGACAGCUCAUAGCAAGCAACGCCUUCAUCGACGCCGAGCACGUGGGCAUGUGGGGGUGGUCCUUCGGCGGCUACCUGACGGCCAAGACGAUGGAGGCGGACUCGGGCGUGUUCACGUUUGGGCUCAGCACGGCGCCCGUGUCGGACUGGCGCUUCUACGACUCCAUGUACACGGAGCGGUACAUGAAGACGCUGGCGGGCAACGCGGCGGGCUACGACGAGACGGCGGUGCGGAAGACGGACGGGUUCAAGAAGGUGGCGGGCGUCUUCUCGCUCAUGCACGGCACGGGCGACGACAACGUGCACUUUCAGAACGCGGCGGCGCUCGUCGACGUGCUCGUCGGGGGCGGCGUCUCGCCCGACAAGUUCCGCAUGAUGGCCUUUACCGACAGCGACCACGGCAUCAGCUACAACGGGGCGACGGCCUUUCUCUACAAGUUCCUGACGGCCCGGCUGUGGGACGAGGUGCAGCGGAAGUCUGGUAAGGGCUUGGUGCACCAGUGGAGCAAGAAGACGGUCGUCGACAUCGCGGGCGAGGGGAAGUAGGCAUCAUCUGCAGUAUAUACUACUUGCUAUACUCAUCUAUACUAUUACAACAGUACAUGGUUUAUUCACAAAUAGGAUUCCGCAGUAGUACAUACAUAUACUUCGUACUUCGUAUAUAUAUACGGAGUAUGCUGAUGUUUACGGG